GACCUGAACAAGUCUUCAAAUGAUGAGCUCACAAGCAGUAGUCUUCGCUGCCGCCGCUGCAGCCGCCGCCGUCUCCGGCACCGUCCUCCUCCUCACUUUGCGUCUCCAGAAAUCUCUCCAAUUCCCCCUCCACCAACACCACUCUUCGCCUCCAAUUCUUCGAUCUUGCAUAUCAUCCACCUCAGAUGAGAAGAAGAAGAAGAAAAAGAAGAAGAAGAGGGUUCACUUCGCCGAGGACGUGGCGGUGUCAAGAACAAGAAGAGAUGAAGAAGGAGGAGUGAGAAGAAAUUACAGAGAGUCAUCAGAAACAAAGAAGGUUCGAAGGAGUUGCAGCAAUGGCGGAAUUGAAGAGAACAGAGGAAUGCCUGCGAACAGAGUGGCUCUCUAUAAUGGGAUAUUGAGGGAUCGUGUGGCUCAACGAUUGGCCUACUCUUACUGAUUUGGGGUUUUUCUGUGAAUAUUCUGUGAUUAUACCUCUCGUCUUCUUUCGUUUGCCUUUAUUUUCUUUUUCUCUUUUGUCCUGUGUUGCUGUAGACGGAGAAGUGGGGAAGUUUCCAGUCAUAGGCUUUUUUUUCUUGUUGAGACGACUCGAUUUACUGGGUCGAUCCUCC